GUAAAUUUUUGUGACAUAUUUGAAUGUAUUUGGCACUCCUGUUUGAACAAUUUGUACGUAUUUUUUAUACGUGCGACGUAUGUGUGUUUGUGUGUAUGCGCGCGCGCGUGUGUGUCUCUGUGUGGAAUUUGCGUUUAUCUGAAAGAAUAGCUCUUAUGCACAUUUUAUCGUGCAUAACAUCUGCAGAAGCCCUCCGACUGCGUCCUCGUGCUCUUCAGUUGUUAAUUCACGAAGAAGGUGCUUCAGUAAAAACAAAGGAUUACGUGUGAGGUUAAAACAGUUUAUCCACUAAACCCAUGGGAAAUUUCAUUAACACAAUUACGGCCGGGUUAAUAACCUCUAUGGAUUAAAUGUAUUCACUCACAUGUUAUCUUGACAGGUAUUGGCGUAUUUCUCAGGGCAGUCGCAACUUCUCGGCUCCUUUCGUCAAACUUCAGAUAUGUAUGAAUAAUCGUGGAGGUUUCCCGAAUUCGAGUCAGUGUAUUUACAUUGUAGAAAAUAAAGCAUGAUUUGUGACGUGACAGACAGACGGGUGGACGGCUGCUAUGGCUGGAUUGUCGUGAUGUCGGGGUUUUGUCUAAUCGUAUUAACGGAUGGUAUAUUGUUUACUUUUGGCAACUUGCUGAUUGAGCUCACAGAGUACUUUGAUGCUGAUCGUGCCAGGAUAGCUCUCGUUGGAGCAUUAAUGCUUGGCUUUUCUUGCCUCACUGGACCAAUAAGUGGAGGUCUUUGUGACAGGUUUGGUUGUCGGAUGGUUGCAGUGACUGGUGCUGUGUUAUCGUCCGUCAGUUUGUUGAUUAGUUCGUUCGCCACAAACGUUACAUAUCUGUACCUUACCUACGGUGUUCUUGGUGGUACGGGCGUAGGAUUCAUGUACUUAUCAGCAAAUGUGAUAGCGGUGCAAUAUUUCGACAAACAUAGAGGUCUUGCAUGUGGAAUAACAUUGUGUGGUUCCGGCAUUGGGAUGUUUAUUUUUAACCUAAUAACACGUUUUUGGAUAAAUGAAUACGGAUGGCGGGGUACAGUAUUUACUAGAAGCAGGAAUGUGCAUACAGGGGUCUGUGUUUGGUCUAUUACUUUUACCUCCCGUUAAAAGCAAUGUAACCAAUGCAAAACCAGUAAAAGACGAGCAAUUGCAGAUUAUGAUUGAAACCGAAAAUCGUAAGACUAAUAAUUCAUGCGACAAAAAUGAUAUCAUAUUAGAAACCGAUUUAGCUGAAGUUGAUGAGGAUUUAACCGAAAGGGAUUAUUUUGAAAUUGAGAAAAAUACAGAGAAAGAACCGAAAGCAGAGAAAUGUAGCAAAAGUCCAAAAUGUAAAUGGCUGUUGAGUCCAAUUCGGAAUAUGUUUGAUAUUUCAUUGUUGACCGAUGUAAAAUUCGUGAUAUUUCUUCUGUCGUUGAUUGCAUGUCAUCUAGCGUAUUCAUUAGUGUUAAACAUGACUGUAGAUCGUGCACUUGAGUUGGGAAUGACAAAAAAUGAGUCAGCGUGGUUAGCUUCUUCUAUUGGUAUUGCAAGCACUAUAGGCCGGGCUGUACUCGGAUGGUUCGGAGAUAGGCAAUAUGUGAAUAAGAUUAUGCUAGUUUCUGUUCUACUACUUUUGUUGGGAUUGUCUACAAUGCUGUCCUGCUUCUUGAAAACCUUUUCAACUUUAGUGAUCUACUCAUCUAUCUACGGUUUCUUCGCAGGCGGAUAUAUUGCGUUAUGUCCAACAGUAUUGGCAGAACUGUUCUCAGCAGAACUGAUUGCAAGAUCAUUCGGUUUAUAUUUUCUCUUUAUUGGAAUAUCUUCUACAGCAGCGACACCUAUUGGAGGAUUUCUGUACGACACAACCGGGAGUUAUGACGUCACGUUUGUUGUUGCAGGAGCUGAGCUUUUUACGGCAGGAAUUUUGAUAAUAGUUCUCAGAUGUGUUCAUGUACAUUACGUUUAAAGGAUCUCCACUGAGAUUUUCUUACAUAGAUCAUCUGCGGUAUUUAAAAUAAAGAUAUGCAAAAGAUAAUUAUAAGAAAUAUACACUGAAAUGAUUGAAAUUUUAAUGUUUGUGCUAUCUUAGCCCGGUUUGAGUGAAAGGCGUUGCAAUGCUGUUUAAUGUUGGGUCAUUUUUUCACAUUUUAUUCUUGGAAAAAGAAAUGAGCGAAUGAUUUGAAAUUUUUUCGCACAAGUUAUUAUUCUCGAUCUACAUCAAAUGAAACUGAAAUCUCUUGAAAUUAUUUCAUAUUUUAUGACAAAAAACAAAACAAAACAAACAAACAAACAAAUAACACCAAAAAAAAAAACAACAACAAAAACCAGUCAAGGCCCUUUAAUAUUAAAGUAUAAUUAGAAAUUUGUUAGUAAAAUAUCUCGUUUAAGAUCUCUUGGUCUCCUAAGCCCGUGUGCUGCAUGUAUUCAUGCAUGCAGAGUAAGGCUGUCCGCC